AUGAGAUCUAGUGCCUCCCGAGGUCCUUAUCCACCACAGCUCGUGAGGAAGCCGCGGGAGGAGGAGAUCAACCGGGCAUUUGCCGGCCGGAGAAGGAGGAAAUGCGCAGAUGCCAGCCAGGGAGGCAGAUCGACUCGCCUCCGCUGCGCCAUGAGCGCCGCCGCCGCCUCUGCAUCCACCUUGCUCCGCGUAGCAGCAUGUGUGCGGAAGCAUGGACAGGCGACCACAAGCAAAUGGCAUCGGCGGCAACAGCAACACACACGGUGUGAUGGGCGCGGCCUGCCCGUAGGCAUUCAAGGAUGGCGUGCCCGAUGGCUCGGAACGCAUGCGCCCGACGCACAGGAGGUAUAUGCCUCGGAGCACGCCGGCGGCAACGUGCACCGCGAGGUCCCAGAGCAGCCCAGCCAGUACAGAGCCCCUCCAUACUGGACGGACCCUGCGACUCCAUCCUCGCCUCCACUCACAGGUCUAUGCCGAUUUCCACAACAACACUGCCUUCAACUUUCUCAUUUCCCCGGCUCUGCAUACAAGGUGCAAACUAGUUUUCUGGUCCAUAUUAGUUUGCUCGAGCUUGUUUUUACAUCUGGUCAUAUUUACACCUCUCCGCCGACUGCCACCUAUCAUGCAGGAGGGAGAUGGCUUUGCCAGGUCAUCAACGCCCAUCGGCAACUUCCGAUGAAUCAACAAGUGUUCUCCAAAAGGAUGAAGUUUUUAGCUAUCAUUUGUUCUAGAAUCAUCCUGACCAUUGGGUUCCUCGUGUUCUCCUUGGUGGUUCUGUACAUUGUCUCAAGACGCAUUGGCCUGUUGAUACUGCAAAGGAAGCUGGCUGAUGCUAGAGAUCAGGCUCAGUAUCAGCUGAAGACAUCUUGGAAAAAGUACAGGAGGGACCUGCUCAAACAAAUGCUCCUCCCAUCUAUGAUGAACUGUGAUUUUACUUUCAUCAAUUGUUUAUACAUGAGCUUACAUCCAGAAGCAAGCUUACCUCUUAGAGUUCUUAUUUCUUAG